CAAAUAACCAAACAAGAGCUCCCAACCUACUUUAAUGGCCUUUGUUUCACAGAACCAUAUCGUUCUCUUCUUUUGUCUCCUCCUAUUUAGGCUUUCUGCAGCAGAUCAAGAUGCUGUUAAAGCUGGAUACUGGUACCGUGGAAGUGGCUCGGUGUCCGACAUCGAUUCAUCUCUCUUCACCCACCUCUUCUGUGCUUUUGCCGGCCUCAACCCUGACACAAAUGAGGUCACCAUCUCCGACGAUAAUGAAGAUGCCUUCUCCACCUUCACCAGAACACUCCAAUGCAGCAACCCAUCUAUCACAACCCUUCUAUCCAUCGGCGGUGGAGAGACGGACCCUCAUUCCUUCGUCUCAAUGGCGAAGAACCCCUCCUCAAGGGAGAUCUUCAUCAACUCAUCGAUAAACAUUGCCAGAUUCUACGGUUUCCAUGGCCUUGAUCUGGCCUGGGAAUCUCCCACAACUGCAGACGAGAUGAGUUAUUUUGGUCUACUUCUAGACGAGUGGAGAACGGCAGUGGAUGCCGAGUCAAAUGAGUCUGGCGAGUCACCACUUAUUCUAACAGCAGCUGUUCAUUACUCGCCGGAUAUUGGCUCGGUGACUUUCCCAGUCGACUCAAUUCGGAGGAGCUUGGACUGGAUCAACGUCGUAGCCUUUGACUACUACACACCAUCUUGGGCACCCUUCACUGGUGCGCAUGCCCUCCUCUACGACCUUCCCAACCGAGUCAGCACGAGUUCUGGCAUUCGUGCUUGGAUCGACUCUGGGUUGGCUCCUGAUACGCUAGUUCUGGGUCUGCCUUACUAUGGCUACGCAUGGAAGCUGAAGAAAAGUGGAAACCACGGUGUGGGUGCACGAGCAAAUGGGCCGGCGGUGACUAAAGACGGUGAAAUGACUUACAGAAAGAUCAAAGAGUUCAUCAAGAAGAAAAGAGCCAAGUCGAUAUACAACUCGACGAUCGUAGCGAACUACUGCUACUCUGGAACAACAUGGAUCGGUUAUGAUGAUGUGCAGGCAAUUAAAACUAAGGUUUUUUACGCCAAGGAUCAAGGACUGCUCGGUUACUUCGUGUGGCACGUCGGAGGCGAUAAGAAUUGGGUGCUUUCUCAAAAAGCUUCAUCAACGUGGGAUAGCCUUGAAUAGUUGACGAAAGUUGAAGGCAAGAGGAGUAAGGAAAGUAGAAGUUUUUUUUUUUUUCUUUUAUUUUGCUGCAAUGUUGGAGUUUUAUGUGAGCAAAAGUUAUGUCUGGACAUUAGAAAUUGAUAAAAGAUUUCAACUGCUAUGAAUUAGUAGCUUCACGAGCA